CAUUUUAUCACUAACCUCGCUUGAAAACAAAACAAAAGGUGUUGAGAUGGAAUUCAUUGUUAAGGAAUUAGGUUUUAAUAGUAAAAAUAUAUUUCCAACAGUUUCGACAGACCUUUGUGCUGUUGUUGUACAUAAUACUUGGUUGAAGAAGUGGUUGAAAAACUUGGAAGUUGAUAAUUCUGUGAACAGUGUUGAUUUUACCCUACAACCUGGUGAAAGUGUACCCUAUCCGUUCAGGAAAAUAUUUAUUAGGGUGUUGAAUAAAAAAGCCUCCAAGGUCCUACCACUGCCUCGGUAUAAACUGAAUGAUGGCACCACUGAACUACCUCUCACAUUCUCACAGCUCCUGCAAUAUGUGUCACAGAAUAACCAAAGAAAUCUGUGGAAAGAGUCCUACAAAAAAUACUGCCAAAAUGACUCCAAUAGCAAAGAGAGCACUAUUGUUAAUUUGUUAGAGCAUGAUCAGCUGUUAUCUGAAGUAUUAUUUCGAUUGUAUGGAUGCAAUAUCAUUAGGAUUAAACAUGAUAGUUCUGGCAAGCUCGUAGAAUACAAAGAGAUAGCACCAAAUAAAUAUGUUUCUAAAUCAUAUGAAACCCAUGUCAAUUUGUUAUCAGCUUUAUUCAUAUUAGAGACUGACAAUAACUACUUUGUAAUAUAUGGUGGGCAUUAUGAACAUAGUUUAUUAGACUGUUUGAAUUUCAGCCCUCAUUUGGUCGAUAUGAAUUAUGGGCGUGGAUUGUUCCUCACAUACCAGUUGCUGCACAUGGCCAAGGCAACGGGUGACAGAGGUCUGAGCUUAGGCAAUCUGACAUUGCAAGAUAUCUAUUUGACAGAAAACUUGUGGCUGCAGAUCCUGCCUCUAGUUACAAACAACAUUCAUUGUUUGGAUGCCUCUCUUAUACAUGAGAAUAAGAGUAAGCAGACUACUCCAGUAGUGGCCGGCAAAAGCCAGAGUCAAGCUAAGAAGGAGGAGUGGUGUUGGAGAAAUGAUGCUGUUCAGUUAGAAAAACUGUGCAUGCUGUGGGUCCGGGGAAGGAUAUCAAACCUGGACUACUUGCUGCACCUCAACGCGUUAGCUGGGAGGAGUGCUGAUGAUCCCCAGGCACAUUUCAUGGUGCCAUGGGUGACCGAUUUUGCAUCUAGAUGUGGGCGGAACUGGCGAGACCUCUCUAAGUCGAAGUACCGCUUGAACAAAGGCGAUCGCCAACUGGACAUGACUUAUGACGUCGGAAGUUGCUCAGAACAAAUCCCGCACCACGUCUCUGAUGCAUUAACUGACAUCACAUGCUAUGUCUACUUAGCUAGGAGGACCCAAAAAGAAGUGCUAUGCAAAUAUGUAAGAAACAAGUGGGUCCCAGCAGAGUACCCUGCGUCAAUCCAGCGUAUGCAGGAGUGGACGCCUGACGAAUGCAUACCUGAAUUCUACACUGAUCCUACUGUGUUCAAGAGCAUACAUGAAGAUUUGCCGGAUUUAGGGAUACCCUCAUGGGCGACGUGUGCCGAAGACUUCAUCACAAAACACAGAGAAGCACUGGAGUCUACUCAUGUUUCUGAAAAUCUACAUCAUUGGAUCGACAUCACGUUUGGUUACAAGCUGUCUGGUGCAGCAUCUAUCAAGGCAAAGAAUGUAUGUCUAUCGCUGGUGGACGGCCACACGGUGCCUCGUAAGGGUGCCAUGGCGCAACUGCUGGCGGCGCCGCAUCCGCCGCGAACGCCGCGCCCGCUGCCGCCGCAGCCGCCGCGGUUGCACUGGACUGCGCCUAGAGACUCCAGAAAGUCCAUCAAACCGGAGAGUUCCGAAGAAAUAUCCGACGAAGAGGAAGAAUCUACCAGCCUCCCCCAACACGUGUCUCGACUCAGCGUUCCUCCCCAAAGAGUGCGCUCUCGGUAUAAGAGCGGCAGCCGCGCCCGAUCCCUCUCCAAAACCCAAGGGCACGAAGACUCGCAGGCGUCCACCGAAGCCCGGGCCUCCUCGCACUCCAGGCAUUACAGGGUCCAACGCUCCGAACUCGGCAAAGGAGUCAUCUAUCUCCCGAAAGAAUUCAACCCGGUGGCCUCCAUACAAGCUCUCGAAGCGCUGGACAAUUUCAGGACCAAAUGCUUCUUCAGCAAAGCGGAGGACAAAGAAAAGUCCAAAGAAACUGUUACUGCCCUCAACCAUUUCCCUAUGCAGCAAGAAGUCAGGAAAACGCCAAACGUCAGUGUAUCGAGCAUUGAUGGGUCUGACGAUACAGCGUUUACCAACCACAUGUUCCUGGCCUCGUACGACCAAAAUUACCUAAAGAAGUUUAGCCAAGAUGCUCAUUUAGAAAAUGUUUUAAAGGAAAGGAAAAACAGAUCGUUAAAUCCAAGAUACACGACCGAUGCGGCGAUAUACAAGCAGUUUGUGACGGAGAGUCGAAGGCAGGACAUGUUGGUAAUAGGGUGCCUUAUUGUAGAAAUCUUCCUUCAUCAGUACAUACGUCCAUUGAGAAGUACUAGUAAUAAUUUCAUGGAAAGAUAUAAUAACUGUCGGACAGUCUUGAAGUAUAACUUCAGCACGCUGCCGAAAUGUGUUACUUACGUAGCAUCUUUAUUACUGAACGUUCAGCCUCCAAGUUUGAGUUUUAAAAACGAGCUUCUGCCAAAAGAGGAACCUUUGAAAAAGAUCGUCGUCACUGACAAAGGGCUCCCACCACCGACUGCAUCUCAGUUGCUUCAACCGUUACUAAUGCAACAUCUGAUACCAUUCCCACAAAGUUUUAACACCCUGUACAAACUCCUCAGUACCCUACAUGAAUACGAGUUGACAAGUAACGAACUAAACAUCUUAUACAUGUACGAAUGCGAUGGAAUACAAUGUGAAAAGUACCAAAAUGUCGACAAAACCAAAUUGUAUUUCAGCCAAAGAAUAGCAGAAGGCAAAAUACAAGCGUGCGCGUCGCAUUUGGACGUUCUCUUGUGCCAAAUAAACUCGUACAGCCAAUUUGACGUGUUAGACAUCUUUCUGACUCAUUACAUAGAGCUCUUGAAGAAUAGAGAUACAUCAGUGUUAGCUGCUUGGUAUUUGUUCGAUACAGUAAGCAAAGCAUUGGGGCCAGAAGCCACGAAGAAAAAGCUUUUGAAGCACAUCCUGAAUCUGUACGAAGAUGACGAUCUCAUGAUGGAGAAAUCAGAGCACAAACUAACAGACAUCGAUUCUGGUUCAAGUUCUACCGGAUCGUCUGGUAAACAGAAAUUCGUCAAAUUGUACCACAACAUCUUUUUACUGCAACUGAUGGUGAGACUUGGCCUUCAAUGUUUUCUAGAUAAUUUCACUCAGCAUUUAGUGGAAGCGGUAGGUGGAUAUAAAGACGAUAGCACGGAAGCCGUAUCUCCGGGUCACAUUUGCCACAAUCGAUUGACAAUCAAUAAGAAACCCAGGUACUCCGACGAUAACGUCAAAAAUGCCUUGUCCACAACUACUGAUAUAUUCUCACCUGACACGUCAUAUGGUUCGGAGCACGUAGCGACGCCGAGUGUAGAAAAGAGUGUAGUUGAAGUUAGCGAAGUGUUAAAAGAGAAGGACAGCGAUACAAGAAGUGAAAAUGAGCUGUUUCAUUUUGAAACUGAUAAGGAGAGACUGCCGAGUCGUAACAGCAGAAGUAAAUCGCCUGCCGAAUCGAUUGACUCUUGCAAUUCGAAUCCUGCGCAUGAAUCGACGGUACACACUCCUUCGCCUUCGACUGAAUACUCUUCGCCGGCAUCAAAGCAGUAUUUUACAAGCUCAGCGAAUUCAAAAGAUGUCAGUGUGGUAAUCACCGAAAAUGAGGAAAUUCAAGAUACUCCAAAAAAAGCUCCGAUGUCACCUACCAUAGAUAUUCCAUCCAAACCGAUGUUUACAAGUUAUUUGCAUUUCGCGGAAGAAGAUUCUAGAAUUGACGAUUUGGAAGUGCGGAAGGAUUCAAACGCGCGUCAAGUCAAAAGUUUGGAAUUCAAUAGGAACUUGGAAGUGUUCCCUGCGAGCACUUCGCGUAGUUUUAAUGACGUGGAGUGCAGCGAGGCGUAUAAAGAUUCGACUCCUUGCAAGAUAUCGGAUAUGAGUUCGGAGAGCCUCAUCUGGCUGGCUCACAGGCUCGGUCCGGUGUUGACCUGUAGGUAUAUUACGAGGAAUUUGCUCAAGAUGUUGACUUUGUGUUAUAUCGGGAAAGAUAACCUCACUCUGUGCGAGGGAGACGAGAGGGAUGAGUUUGACGAGAUAUCUGUGAUAAACAGCCGGGUGGUUGGCGAUAGAAACGCGAUGAAAGUUAUUAAGUGCCUAACUGCCAUUGUAGCAAUGUACGGGGAACAGCUUAUAAUAUUCCAAUACCUGCCGCACAUGGGCGAGCUGAUAGCGUCUUGUCGCCGCCGGCUGUCGGCGCCUCUGGAAGGUGGCGUGGUGGCGUGCCUGCAGCUCGUCAAGUACCUGCUGCCUUACAUGUCCGACGUCAAGGUCAUGGAGCAGUUGCUGGACACAUUCCUGAAGUCCAUCCUGCAGCCAGCGCUGCGCCUGGCGUCCACCAGCCGGUCGUCUUACCCCAGCGGCGCGGCGGCGCGCGGCGCGCUGGCCCGCAAGCUGCUGGGCGCGCUGCACGCGCUCGCGCUGCGUGUCGGGCAACGCAGACCCGUUCUCGAAACAAGCCUUACGCCGCUACUGGACAGAAGUGCUUAUCGACCGAUACGUUUCCAGGACACAUUCCUGAAGUCCAUCCUGCAGCCAGCGCUGCGCCUGGCGUCCACCAGCCGGUCGUCGUACCCGAGCGGCGCGGCGGCGCGCGGCGCGCUGGCCCGCAAGCUGCUGGGCGCGCUGCACGCGCUCGCGCUGCGCGUCGGGCCCGAGAUGACGCGCCGCCAUCUGUGCGUGCACGCCGUGCAGCGGUUUUUCUUGGCAUUUGACAAAGCGACUGGGAAAACAGAAAACUGGCCCAAACAAGACGAAGUUAAUGCCGAUAAGCCACCGGAGGAUUCCUCGGAGGCUCGGUCGGAGGGCUUCCUAGAGCUGAUCUCGUUCAAGUUACACUGCAGUUACCCACCGGAGGAUUCCGCGGAGGCUCGGUCGGAGGGUUUCUUAGAGCUUUGCCGCGACGGGUCGACGGUCGAGUGGACGGUGCGCGAGGGCCGCGUGCAGCGCGCCGACCUGCCCGACCUGGCUUGCACGCCGCCGGCGCCCUGCGACCGGAUCCCCGACCCCGCUGUGCUUACGGCCCAAGAAGAACUGCUCAUGGUGUUUGACGACGAGCUGGCGUACAAAGCCUACACGACCUUCAGCAAGUUUGUGGGCACGGAUGCCAUGGAACGCUGCCUCAAGAACAGCGACACUAUACGAGCGCUUUGUCGCAAAUACGAGCAGAGCCACUACAUCAGUUCACCGCUAAUAUCCCGCCCGGAGAAACGGGUGCAAACCUCCUUCAGUGACGAGCCUAUCAGCCGGAAGAGCAUAGACAUUACUCCCACCAAGCCUGACCUGGUCAUGGACCACAUGUCCAGUUCCAACAGCUUCGGCUCCAACGUAACUCUAGUUGGAAACAGGAUAGAUGUCGCUACGGAAGCGAGCGCGGGCGCAGCGGGCGUGGGACACGGUUUUGAUGUCGUGGCGUGCAAGAUGGACAAUGGGAUCAAGAGCAACAGUCCAGUAGACAUCACGCCCACUAAGCCUGACCUGGUCAUGGACCACAUGUCUAGCUCCAACAGCUUCGGCUCCAACGUAACUCUAGUUGGAAACAGGAUAGAUGUCGCUACGGAAGCGAGCGCGGGCGCAGCGGGCGUGGGACACGGUUUUGAUGUCGUGGCGUGCAAGAUGGACAAUGGGAUCAAGAGUAACAGACACCUCCGCGGCGACUGGCUCAUCUACUGGGAGCACGAGAUCGGGCGGCCGGAUAAAGACACGCGCUUCAACCUCAAGCAGAUCAAGCUGCAGACGUUCGCGGGCCACGCGGCCGCCGUCAAGUCGCUACACGCGCUCGACAACGAGCAUAGCUUCAUGAGCGGGUCGAAGGACAAGUGCGUGCGUCUGUGGUCGCUGCGAAACCAGGGUGACGGCAACGCAACCACACAAUGCAACUGGACGUACACGGGCCACAAAAAGGGCGUGCUGUCGCUGGCCUUCCUGGACUCGCUGCGGCUGGCCGUCUCUACUGAUUCUGUGGUGCACAUAUGGGAUCCCUUUAUGGAGAGUGUGGUGUCGCAGUUGGAUAACAUAAAGUCUCCCGUGAGCAUAGUGCGGACGCUGGGCGACGCUUCCGCGACGGUGCUGGCUGCUACUACAGACGCCACGCUCAAGUUCAUCGACGCAAGGGCCUGCAACUACACGCAUGAUCUGAAGCUGCCGAUGAGCACGACCACACUAGUCCGCUGCCUGUGCGUGUGCGCGGCGGGCGGCUGGGCGGCGUGCGGGCUGGCCAGCGGACACGUGGCCGUGCUGGACCUGCGCGCCGGCCACGCGCGGGCGCACUGGCGCGCGCACGACGGGGAGGUGCUUCGCCUCGCUGUGGUGGACGAGCACAGACUCCUGAGCUCGGGGCUGGACCAGGUCACGGCGCUGUGGCGCCCCGACGACGGCGAGCUCAUCGCGCAUCUCAAAGGCAGCACAGAACCCGUCCAUUGCCUGUCAGUGUACUAUAACGAGCUGAUAUCAGGCACCACCAACAACCGUAUCGGCGUCCACACCUCCCUUGACCAGGAGGCUUCGUUCUCCAGCACCAAGCUAAGGUCAGACACCUUCAAGGGAGUGCUCACUUGCAUGGCAGUGCUGCCGCUAAACAGGCUCUUACUGCUUGGCAGCGAUAACGGCACUAUCAGCUUACUUUGUUGAGGGAUAAGGAUGAGAUUCGAAUAACACAUUCGGAACGAUAAGGAUCAACGGCAACGCGUAUUUAAUUUAUUUUGACAGAAGUGAAGGUAAGUUGUUUUUUAUUAUUAUUCAAGUUAUUUAGUGUGAGUUACUCAGUAAGAUUUAAAUAUAUUUAGUUUUGUAUAUUGUAGUGCAUGUAAAAAUAAGACGGCUAUUAAGCAUAUUUUAAGUUUAUAUUACCUAUUUUAUUGUUACCAAAGUUAUAUUAAUGUAAAAUUAUUUGAACACUCGAAUCAUUAUGUAUUGACGAAUAUUUUUUUUGUUGAAAACUUGUAAUUCCUAAUCUUCUGUAGGCGAUCUCAAUUUGUAUGUUAUUAAUUUUAUUGUAUCAUAAGAUCAGAUUUUAUUUUAAGGCAUAAUAUUUUACGAAAUACUUAAUUUUACUUGUAAAAAUGUAAUUCCAAACUUAGAUUAUAGUAAAACUGUACAAUAAUCGUAAUGUAUAAUCUUUUUAUGUUACCUUCAUAAGUAUUAAACAGCAAUGCCUGUAAUACAGUAUCUAAUACAUAAUAUAAAAUAUAUAAACGAUUAUUCACUUAAUAAUGACAGCGAACAUUCCAUAUAUUAUUUUCUUUUUAAAGCAUUUUACGUUUUAUAAAAUAAUAUUUGUAUACCAUGUUUAUACGAACGAAUACCAUAGUAAUUAUACAAGAAUAUAAUAUAAUUAGAAAUAGAAGGCUUUAUGUUAACAAUCACAUUAUAGUUAAAGUACAAAACGAAUGUUACCACUAAGAAAAUACUAUCAAAUUAAAGAUAUUAAUAAUCAUUAAUUUCAAACAAUGUCACAAUCGUCAAUAUUUUACUACAGUUUAAUACCAAAAGAAUGUUUAAAAAAGAAAAAGACAAUAGUAUCAGAAUAUCUUGCCUUGCCCUUUGGAUUCCACUAGUUAUGUUAAAAAACUUCGGUUACAUGAAUUUAUUUAUUGAUCUCAAGUUUCAAAAAACUGCUGCAUAAUAUAAUCUAGUUACAUUAUUAUUGAAAAGCAAUGCAAAAUCAAAAACAUUUUACUAGGGAGUUAUGAAACAAUCUUGCCUUUAAAGUACGCAGUGAAAAUAAUUAGAAAGUAUUGGGUUAAAUAUUAUAAAGUGUUUUGUUGAAGAGUAUUUAUAGUGUUUUAUAAGUCACGUGUUUUUAGAUAUUUAAUAUUAGUGGAUUGCAAGUUUGGGAAUCAUUAAAAGUGACGUUAUUUAAAUUCGAAGUAUUGAAAUAUGUUUUAAUUAAAAAUACCUAUAGUUUUUUCGCGGUAUAUUAACUCAUUAAUACUAAAUUAAGUACUUCCCCUUCUCGUCCUACAUUUAAAUUUAGUUAUUACAAUUUAAUACAUUACAUUUUUUUAUAAAAAAAGUUGGAUGCUUUUAAAUGCAGAUAUUAUUAUAACGGGUGUUUUUUUAGAGGUAUACAACUUUAAAUCGAUUACCUACACUGUUUCUAGUGAUAAUUAAUUUGAUAGUUGGUGGUACAUUUGUGGACAGUAGGUUUUGCCAUUUUAUAAUUUUAUAGAAUUUCUUCAGAGCAACGUUUGCAAAUUGUGCAAAAAUGUAUUUUAAAAAUCAUGGUUCAGUUUUCCAUACAAACGUCCAUAUUACGGUCGACGUAAUUUUCGUAACUUUUCAUUCCUCAGAUGAAUGAUAUUAAUGUGGCAAAGCUAUGGUUUCAACAAGAUGGUGUUACCAUCCAACCAGCACGCGACACAUUCAAUUUAUUGCGGGAAACAUUCGAUGAGCGCAUAAUUUCACUCGAUGGAUCUUUGAAUUUGCCUCCACUAUCGGGUGAUCUCACACAUAUGGAUUAUUUUCUCUGGGGAUAUCUUAAGUCCACUACUGCGCAGAUAAACUACGGAAUUCAAUGCCAACAUUCGUUUCGUUAUUGCCGAUGUAUGGCCCCAGUUGCUCGAAAAAGACAUUGAAAAUUGGACAUCUCGAUUACGCUAUAUUUGAGGCAACCGUGGCGCCCUUUGGCCCGAAAUCAUUUUGAAGCAUAAAUGGCAUAAGAACAUCUGUUAAACAAAACCAAUAUAUGUGAAUCAAACAUAUUUUUACAUAUUUUAUUUCAUUUUAAAGUUCUAUACCUCUAAAAAAAACACCCUAUACUUAUUAUUUAACUAAGCUAAAACAAACUUGCAGUCCAGUACAAUCCCCAGUCCAGGGGGGGCAAUUUCCGUAUCGGGGCUAUGCAUGAAAACAAUAAUUUACUAUUUAGUUCACCGCAAUAUUGUAGAGUUAUAUGAUAAAUGUAAUAAUAAUGUAUAAAAAUAAUUUAGUGGAAAGUAUUUUUUGUAAUAAAAGAAUUUUAUAUAAAUCAAA